AUGGCGACUGACCACAAGACGGCGGUUGUGCCUCCGAAGCGGGCCAAUACCGACUACCCGCUUAUUGACUCCGACCCGCACCUGAGAAGAGUUUUCGGAUACGCCAGGCCUUCUGAUUAUGCAGUCGCCGGGGGCAUGGCUGCUACUUCUCCGCUCGCAUUCUGGAUUAUGGAGAGAGUGAGCCCGUCUCAUGUGGGCAGGGGAGGCUUUGCCCCCGUUAUGCGACUAGCAACAGCUAUUGGUCUAGUCGGUGGGCUCCAUGUGCUCUAUCAGCAAUCUUGCCAGCGCUUUUACGGAUUUACAGAAAACUCGAGAGAAGUCGAAAUGGACAUGAGGGAGAUGGUUGAUAAGGUCAAAAAGGGCGAGCCGCUUUACGGCAACUCACAAGUGUCCUCCUACCUACAGGGUGUGGCUGCCAGGAACUCCCGGUAUUCAGAGCUUUUCAUCCACGUUCUCCCAUGGUUUAACAUUGUCAACCACGACCAGCAUGGUGUUGACACCGCCAAGUACUACCAGCAAGCUGAGAGGGAGUUUGAGGCAGAGCGCAAGGCGAAGGCCGGCUCUAGUUGA